ACGGACCAGAAAGUUUUUAUUACAUUCACCAUUGCCAUGGCUUCCCCGUACAAUGACCCAAGAAAAAUUGUUUCCACAUGGUAUCAUCAUGCAUGGUUAGCCAGUGGGUGCUUCUCUGUGCUUAUUUCCCUAGCCAAAUCUAUUACUGGUGCAUCCAGUUCAAGUACACGGUUCGAGUUAAUAACAUCCGGCUUGGUUGGGUACGUGAUGGCGGAUCUUGCUACCGGAAUAUAUCACUGGGCCAUCGAUAACUAUGGCUGCGCCAAAACUCCUAUAUUUGGAUCCCAAAUAGAAUCAUUUCAAGUCCACCAUCAAAUCCCAUGGACUAUCACAACUCGUCCAGUGGCUUACAAUCUUCAUGUUCUAGCUCAAGGAGUAACUUUCAUGGUGCUUCCAGUAACCCUUCUUUCUAACGAUCCUGUUCUUCUAGGAUUUCUUGGUGUUUUUGGAGGUUGCGUUAUAUUUUGCCAGCAGUUUCAUGCAUGGGCUCAUGGUGGAAAAGCCAAGCUUCCACGGUUGGUGGUGGCGCUGCAAGAUGCUGGGAUAAUCGUACCGCGGUUGCAACACGCAGAACAUCAUCGUCCCCCAUUUAGCAGCAAUUAUUGCAUUGUGAGUGGAAUAUGGAAUAGGGUUUUGGACAAGUCCAAGUUCUUCUUGGGACUAGAGAUUAUGUUGUUCGUUAUGCUUGGAAUUCGACCAAGAUCAUGGACUGAACCAAAUUCUGAGUCCAGCGAAAUUCCUAGUUCCUGAAUUCAUUAAUGUACAUGAAAUAAAGAUUAAAUAAAUGUAACACGAAUUUGUGAACUUCAA